UGACUCUCCGCAAUAUCCUCCCUUCCCCCACUGCCAUGACCUUUCCCUUCCCCCACUGCCUUACCCUCCUUUCCCCCACUGCCAUGCCCUUUACCUUCCGCCACUGCCAUAUCCUCCCUUCCCCCACUGCCAUAUCCUCCCUUCCCCCACUGCCAUAUCCCCCCUUCCCCCAUGCCAUAUCAUCCCUACCCGCACUGCUAUAUCCUCCUUUCCCCCACUGCCAUAUCAACCCUUCACCCACUGCUAUAUCAUCCUUUCCCCCACUGCCAUGACCUUUCCCUUCCCCCACUGCCAUGCCCUUUACCUUCCCCCAGUGCCAUAUCCUCCCUUCCCCCACUGCCACCUCCCUUCCCCCACUUCCACCUCCCUUCCCCCACUGCCUCUUCCCUUCCCCCACUGCCUCUUCCCUUCCCCCACUGCCAUAUCCCCCCUUCCCCUCCAGCUAUAUCCUCCCUCACCCACUGCUAUAUCCUACCUUCACCUUGCAAGCCAUGCCCUUUCCCUUCCCCCACUGCGAUAUCCUCCCUACACGCACUGCCAUAUCCUCCCUUCCUCCACGGCCAUACCCUCCCUUCCCCCACUGCCAUAUCCUCCUUUCCCCCACUGUCAUAUCCUCCCUUCCCCCACUGUCAUAUCCUCCCUUCCCCCACUGUCAUAUCCUCCCUUCCCCCACUGUCAUAUCCUCCCUUCCCCUCAUGCUAUAUCCUCCCUUUCUGCAAUACCACACUGA